AAUGCACCGGGUCCAGAUCCCGAUAAGCAAACAUGGCGGCAUUUCCUAAUUUGACGCUUCUUUGAACUUAUCUGUGUGAACAAUUUUCCUUGGUUAAUUUCCCCCUCCUUUUGUUUUAAUGUUCAUAAAGGUGUAUUAAUUUACUCGCAGUCCUCUUGUCUGUCGUUUUCCUCAUUUGUGACUCUUUUUAGCCUAAAUCUUUGGUUAACGGAAAUCGAGAAAAGUGUCGAGUCGACGCCUGACAGACAGAGGAGUCACGUUUGCUGGAGCUCUGCCAUGAAGGAGGCUAUUUCUCUGGUGCAGAAACUCAGCGCACACCCAGAUUCUCGGUGCUGGUUCGUCAGUUGGAGCCCGAGCGGUGCGCUGCUGGCUUCGUGUGGUGGCGAUAAGGCCAUCCGGAUAUGGGGACAGGAAGGUGACUCUUGGGUUUGUAAAAACGUUCUGCAGGACGGACACCAGCGCACUGUGAGGAAAGUAGCCUGGUCUCCCUGUGGGAACUAUCUGGCCUCCGCCAGCUUCGAUGCGACGACAUGCAUCUGGAAAAAGAAGAACGACGACUUUGAGAGCUUAACUGUGUUGGAAGGUCAUGAAAACGAGGUCAAAUGCGUGGCGUGGGCCCCUUCAGGGACUUUGCUGGCCACUUGUAGCCGAGACAAGAGUGUCUGGGUUUGGGAAGUGGACGAAGAAGAUGAGUACGAGUGUGUUACAGUGGUGAACUCGCACACACAAGAUGUAAAGCAUGUUGUGUGGCAUCCCACGCAAGAGCUCUUGGCUUCUGCCAGCUACGACAACAACAUCUGUAUUUACAAGGAGGAGGAUGAUGACUGGGAGUGCAGGGCCACUCUGCAGGGACACACGUCCACCGUCUGGAGUUUGUGUUUCGACGUGACGGGACAGAGGCUGGCGUCUUGCAGCGAUGACCGCACUGUGAAGAUUUGGAAGGAGUAUCCAAGUGAGAGUGGUGAUUUGUCAUGGAAGUGCGUUUGCACUCUGUCGGGUUAUCAUGGACGAACAGUGUACGACAUUGCCUGGUGUCGACUGACCGGUGCCCUAGCAACUGCCUGUGGCGACGACGCCAUACGAGUGUUUAGGGAGGAUCUCGCGGCCCAUGCAGAUGAGCCGGUGUUCUCGCUGGCUGCUCAGGUGAAGAAGGCUCACUGUCAGGAUGUGAACUGCGUCGCCUGGAACCCAAAGGAGGCCGGCCUCCUGGCCUCCUGCAGUGAUGAUGGAGACAUUGCAAUUUGGAGGUUUCAAGAAGAAGACUGAACCUGCUGUGGAGACACCAGCAAUUGGAUGAAACCCUGUGCUGAACUUAAAUGUUCUUUUCUUUUGCUAUAUAAAGUCAUGCUUAUACAGUUAUCUUUAUAAAUCUGAAUGAUUGUAAAAUGUAAAGUUUAAGUUCUAUUUUUAUUCACAAAAGUGAUGAUGGGUGUGCUGGUUAACUGUUUUUAGUCCUACAACUUAAAAGGAGCAAGAAACUAGUUCUGUUCUGUUUACAUCUAAAUACAUCUUUAUAGCAAAAAGCAGGUUUUCUGUAAAAAAAUGAUUUAAAUAAAGCCUCAAACCCUUGGAGUGA